AUGAUGCGCAGCAGCGGUGAAAGUGUGCAAAGUGAAAACCAUCAUAUGCAGCAUGCGAUGAAGGUGUGGUUCCAUGGUGGUUAUAAUGAAGUGAUUUUGUUCCAGUUUUGGUCCGUAAAUUCUUACACAGGAUUAUUGUUAUCUUGUGCUUUGAUUUUUGUGAUGGCAUCGUUAUAUGAAGGAAUAAAAUGGUUUCGUAUUCACCUUCGUAUGAGUGUCUCCUAUCGAACUAGUUCAAAUGCCCAAAAAAUGCUUGAAUAUGGCGUUUUAAACGGGCCUGACUCACGCGGUGAUCAUUCGGAACCAGUCGUGAUUCAUAAUCAACCCAGGUCAUCAUUUUUUUUAUUUGGUGUAUAUAUUUGUCCUUUUUCUUUUGCAACCGCUCUGUAUUUGAUGCAAUUGAUUCUCGCUUAUUGGCUGAUGUUAAUAGUAAUGACGUAUAAUUCAUGGUUAACUGCUGCAGUUGUCACUGGUGCUGCUUUUGGUCAUUGGUUAUUUGCAAUCCUUAAAUAUUUGAAUCCGCAAGCAGAUAAGCUUGACACUUUCGCAACUGACGCAUGUCAUUAG